AUGCCUGUAAGAUCCCACUUAAGUGGGGAAUCUACUCCGAAUGGCUUACCUGCCAUGAAAACUACCACGGACCUCAACAAGCUUAAAGCUCCACAACUUCGAAGCUGGCUGACACUAUACGGGCUCGCUACCUCUGGCAGCAUAGUAAAGGAUAGAAGUUUGUUAUGGAGUUAUUUGAUAUCCUCGAUCGAGGAAGACUUGGAAUAA